AUAUCAGCUGUUAUAUAUUAGGGCAUUAUCCCUUGCCUGUUGAAAGUUCAACAAACUCAUUUGUAUGUUAUUUACUAUUAUUAUUUAUUCUUUACAUUAUUGUUGACUGAUUAACACACAAGUGCUAUUAGCUAUUUCUCUAGUUGAACAAGAAAUAGAAGUGUGCACAAUGGUAGCUGCUGUAAACAAACUGCAGAAAAGCAUAAAUUCUGAUGAAGAUGAGCCCUGCAGGCCUGCCCACGUCCAGGGACCGGCUUCGUCAACUCUGCACGGGUCAAGUAUAUUAUUGGAUGCCAAUUCGACUAAGCGGAAGAGUGCGUUUCUACCAUACCGCCCUCAAUCGACGGUCCUGACGAAUUUGCAGCGCGGCAACACGGAGGCCACAUUUUGUCCUGUGGAGGUUACGCUGUCCUUCCACGAACGCGCUGGUCAAGGCGAAAUCACAGAAGAGCAAGUUAAAGCUGAGCUAUUGCGGCAAAAACAUAUUGAUUUCAGGGACUCCCACGGAUUCACGCCCCUGCACUGGGCCUCAUCCUAUGGCCAGUUGGUAUCAGCGCAGUUGCUUGUAGCGGCUGGUGCUGAUGUCAAUAGUCUGGCUCCAGAUAUGGUAACACCACUGCUGCUAGCUGCAGCUGGGGGGCACAAUGAGAUUGUGCGAUUCCUACUUGAUCGCGGAGCUGUAUCCACGCACAUGGACAUUGUGGGCAAUACAGCACUUAUGUAUGCCGCAGCCGGCAAUCAUCCGCACACUUGCAACGAGCUGCUGGCCAGGGAUCUAGACUUCAGUGCUACCAAUGAGAAUGGGGAGACAGCAUACGCCCUGGCCGUCGAGCAUGGCGCGCAUCUGUCACAGGCUCUGCUGGAACAGUAUAUGACUGCCGUGCUGACGGCAGGAGCGCUGGGCAACAUUUAAUGAAAUAUACAUAAAAGAUUUAUAGGCUAUAAUAUAGUUUUAAUA